AUGAAGGUGCUUUGCGUUGCCGAGAAGCCCUCGAUUUCCAAGGCCGUCGCUGGCCACUUGGCUGGACGAAACCCAACAGUCCAUAACACACGCGCACAAUACAUCAAGAACUACGCCUUUGACUUCGACUUCGGCCCGCCAUGGAACGGCUGCGACGUGACCAUGACUGCUGUCCUAGGUCAUCUUACAGGACUCGAGUUCACUGCAGAGAACAAAAACUGGAGGCACCCUCCGCCCGAGAGUCUUUUCAACGCGCCCGUAGUGACGACGAUAGAUCGGGAGAAGAAAGCUAUAGCCGACAACAUCGAGCAGCAAGCCCGGUACUCCCAAUUGCUCAUCAUCUGGACGGAUUGUGAUCGUGAAGGCGAGCACAUCGGAAAGGAAAUCGUCAACGCUGCUAGAAAGGGCAAGCCCAACAUCCAAGUCAAGCGCGCCAACUUCAACAACAUUGAAAGAGCACACAUCCUAUCCGCCGCGCGACGUCUCACUGAGCUGGAUCAGAAGCAAGUUGACGCCGUGGAUGCAAGAAUAGAGCUGGACCUUAGAAUUGGAUACGCAUUCACUCGUUUCCUGACCAUCAGCCUUCAACCCCUAGGGGGCGCGCUGCAAGAUUUGGUCAUCAGCUAUGGUUCGUGCCAGUUUCCGACUCUGGGUUUCGUGGUUGAUCGAUAUUUCCGGGUCCAAAACUUCGUGCCCGAGCAAUUUUGGAGCAUCAAAGUCAUGCACAAUCGCGAAGGCAAGAAAGCGAAUUUCUCUUGGUCACGCAACAGACUUUUCGACCGCAUGUCUGUCGUCAUCCUUUACGAGCGCUGCAUAAGGGCGAAGAAAGCAAAGGUCACCAAGGUCCAGGAGAAACCGACGAGGAAGUGGAAGCCGCUCCCGUUGACCACCGUCGAACUGCAGAAAGCAGCUACUCGUCUACUGCGCAUGAGUGGUCAGCAGGCAAUGACGGUGGCGGAGGCUCUGUAUAACAAGGGGUUUAUCAGCUACCCCAGAACGGAAACUGAUCGAUUCGACAAAGCUAUGGAUCUGAAGGCUUUGGUCAGGAAACAAGUUCCUCAUGACCGAUGGGGCGACUAUGCCCAAAGUCUCCUGGAUGGGAACUUUGUACAACCGCGCGCAGGAAAACACGACGACAAGGCACAUCCCCCCAUCCAUCCGGUCACGAUGGCGGCACCUAGCGUUCUUGAUCCUAACGAGAAGCAGCUCUAUGAAUACGUCGUUCGACGUUUCUUGGCCUGCUGUUCUGAAGAUGCCAAAGGCAUGGCGACAGACAUCGAGAUUCUCUACGGAGAAGAGACAUUCCACGCUCGAGGCCUACGGGUUCUGGAGCGAAACUACCUGGACGUCUUUGUCUACGAGAAAUGGAACGACUCAGCAGAGUUGCCGCAUUACACACAAGGCGAGACGUUUGUUCCAACAGAGGCUAUGAUGACGGAUGGCAAGACGAGCCCGCCGGGAUAUCUCACAGAAGCAGACCUCAUCGCACUCAUGGACGCUAAUGGAAUCGGAACAGACGCAACUAUGGCUGAACAUAUUGACAAGAUUCAAGUUCGUCAGUAUGUCCAGGUCGUCGAUGGUGCUCAACGCGGCCAAGAUGGUGACGACGAUGAUGGCCAGGAUGCGCCUCCAUCGCCGCCGGCGAGAGGGGGGAGAGGCGGGCGCGGCAGUCGCGGUGGACGCGGAGGCAGAGGAGGACGCGGCGGGUCGUCGGCGGGGCGGAGGGCUCUGAAGGUCUUUGUUCCGACACAACUCGGCGUGGCACUUAUCACGGGAUUUGACCGCAUGGAAUUCGAAACCAGUCUGGGCAAGCCUUUUCUGCGAAAGGAGAUGGAGAACAAGAUGAAGGCAAUAUGCGACGGGCGCAUGACCAAGGAAGCCGUCUUGCGCGAAAGUCUUGGCCAGUACCGGCAAGUAUAUCGCGAAUCGCAAGAACGGCUCAAUGUGCUUAAAGCUAAGCUUCAGACACGUCUAAACGACAUCAUGGCGACCAUGGCAGCUGCUGCUCGCGAUAUCCACCAGGCCUCCGACAUGAGCCGAGACAACUUAACUGCUGUAGCGGCUCGGAGUGUCCCUGCGACGACUGUGACACGAUCUCACUCCCUUCCCACCCCUCCAAACUCCAUAUCUCCUUCCUUGCCGCCUCACGGUCUCAAGGCCCAGCUCCAGAAGGCCAGGCUCGAGCCUAUUGACUCGGAUCUUGACCUGCACGACGAGCAGGCUAGGCGAGAAGCCUCGCGGUCGCCCUCCUACGACGCAACUGGCGCUAUCAGCACCUCUCUGCUGGCCAAGCAUCACCUCCCCGACAUCCUCCUCAACCACGGCCCUCUGGCCAUCCGCCACAUCAUGGGCUACCUGACGACGUCGGUGCCGGGUUUCGCAGGAAUCCCCCCGGCCAAGGCACGUCGCCUGGUGGUGGGAGCUUUGGAGGGUCGCGGAGGCGAGGGCGGUGGAGUCGACGGCGAUGUGGAGUACGAGAAGGUCGGUUGGGGACGAUGGGACGCUCGACGACGCGGCCAGCCUGCGCGGAGCUCGUCUCCUGCGGACUACCGCUCCGGCAUCCCCAUUUCCAAGAACGGCGGGGUCGGCGUGGACAGGUCUCGCCUGAACGUUGGCUCUUCCAGCAACGGUGACUCGAUUGUCUUUUCCCACGAUGAUCGCGACGCCAUGAUGAUGGAGGACGAAGCGGACAAGAUGUCCCUGGACGGCUCAGCGUCCGCCUCUUGCUCCGAGGCACCGGAUGACGACGACAUCGCCAUGAACGAUGACCCUGAGGACGCCACCGACGACGAGGACUGGGCCGCUGUGGGAGCUGCUGCUCUCCGCGCCGAGUCCUACAACAACGCGGCUGCCCAUUCCGCCGGACGCAGCUUCCUCUCCACCGGUGUAUAUAACUCUGGAAUGCGAUCCGUCUCGACCGGCAUGGCCCGCUCGCCUCAACCUUUGCCCUUCGAUUUCUCGGCGCUGGGGGCCACUUCUGACGCGCAAGAGCGUGAGGCUGUGGAGGCCCUCUUGCGACUGGGUUCUGUUUCAACGGACGACUGGCGCUAUCGUGAUCUGCUCGGGACCAAAGUCAUUUUCGGACCAGGGGCACAGAUUAUCAAUAUCUCGCUUUUGUCGGACUUUUCCACCGCCAGAUUUACCAACCUCCCGGCUGGAAUAUCCUACCGAGAGUUCUCUGAGACCUUGAACCGCACCGAAACUCUAAAACCGCUGGUAUGGGAGACUCAUCUCGCAUCACAGAAGCAGAAAAGAAUGAUGAUGAUGGAUGUGAAAUACCGAGACCCGAAUUUCGCCAAGUACGUCGUUUCAAAAUACGAGGCAGACGAAUGGUCCCAAGUAGACGGCUGGUCGGGAGUGAAGGUGGUUGCUCUCGCCGCACCAGCUUCGAACGACACGAUUCUGGAAGCCGUGAUGGGAGAUAUCGAGGCUGUCAAGAUUGCGAAUGCUGAGAAGCAUGUAACCUUCAAGCAAUCUCCACCGGCAAAAGAUUACACUACCUUGCUAUUGGAGGGCGAGAACCGCGAGGAUGUUGUCGCCGCCGAAGAGAAGGUCGAUCACAUUCUUCGAGGCGUGACAGUAGCCGAUAGGGAUGGAGAGCCUUUCUGGGACCCGUCUUUCGGCAACAAAGCAGCAACAGCGAAGGCUCUCCGGCGGAUGGAAAAUCAUUUCCAGGUCGCCUUCCAAUGUAUUUCUUCCAAAGCGGAGAUACGAGCUUAUGGAGCGCCAUACAAGGUCGUCAAGGCUCGCGAGGCAUUACUUGAUGCCUUCAGUCAUGACCGAUCGACCUCUUACUUCAUAACGCUCGACGACAAAUGCUUUCAAUGGGCAGUUAGUGGAGGCUUUCAGGACCUGAAAGAGAGGCUAGGCCCUGAGAAUGUGAUGCUGAGCAUCCUACCGACAAGCAAGAGGAUCGAAAUCAUAGGCCCGCUAUCGUGGUUCUGGCCCAUCAUUGAGGACCUAGGCGAGACUAAGACCCUUGCAGAAUGGUCCGCAGAACACAUCAAAACCCACGGCAGACCACUCCGUGUCGCCGUCGAUGAAGCCCACUGGAGAUAUAGGGCUCCAAAUGCAGCCGCAAUAGCUGAUAUUCAGAAAGGUGCCGAAGGCUCCAAACCAAUCGAGAAAAACAUCAUGUACAGGAUUUUCCGCCUCCUCCGUCUCGGCAUCCAUCCUAUACUCGUCUUCGACGGCGACUUGCGACCCGCCGUAAAGCGCGCACGGAAGUCCAAGCUUGGAAACGCGGGAGGCAACAUCACUCUCCUCAAAGAACUCCUUGAUCACCUCAACGUUCCAUGGCACCAAGCACCGGGAGAAGCAGAAGCGGAGUGCGUCCGAAUGCAAGAGUUGAAGAUUGUUGACGCCGUCUGGACCGAGGACAACGACGCCUUCAUGUUUGGCUGUGAGGUGGUGGUCAAAAAGACUAAGAAUCCUGACACGGUCAAAAUCUUCCGGAUGAAGGACGUCGAGCAAAGAGGAUUCUCCAAGGAGAGUUUGGUAUUGGUUGCCAUGUUGUCCGGUUGCGAUUACACCGACGGGCUGAUGGGAUGUGGAAAAGCCGUGGCACUGUCGGUUGUGCAGAGCGAAGCAGUCCGUCAGGGUGAUUUUCUGGAACAGUUCUGGGACAUCGAAACUGAAGCUGCUCGCACGGCAUGGUGCAAACGCCUGAAGAACAUUCUGCCCAAUGAGCGUGGCAGAGCGAAUGUUCACGAUCGGAAGUUCGCCCCCAUUCAAGCCCUUCGAGACUGCCGUAGACCGGUCGUUUCUAGACCGGAUCAGCUCGAGCGCCUGAGGCAAAAGAGGUUUCGGGGUUAUACGCUCGAGAAGCUGCAGACGACCGUUCCCUUUUUGCAGGCUCACUUCAACCGUGACAAGAAGCUCACCUGGCCACUUGAGCAACUCGCACCGAUCCAAGUAGCUCACAGGCUUUUGAGCAGGGAACCCGGCGCGCGUGAGCUUGUGGAGGCGUUCAAGCAGAAGAACAAGCUGAGACUGACGAGCCCCCUCGAAGUUGAUCCUGUUCGUGUCUUUCCCGGGAUAAACUCCAGGGAGAUUCGAAGUUCUCUCUUCGAGUCUGAUCCGAUCACGAUGGUAACUGAGGAGCUCCUCGAUGUAAUCUGCGGCCUGGGUAUGAACGAGAAGCAUUUCAUAGAAUGGCGCGGAAGUAUCGUGAAAGCUCGAGUCAAUCAGAAGCAACCCAAGGAGAUUUCAACACCAAGGUUCGAUUGGAGAAUAGGAGGCCUCCCCAGCUCCGACAAGACCCCAACAUCUCACUCUCCUGCUGCGAAUAAAAGUGCCAGCAGCCUAGAUCAAUCGCUGAAGAGAAAGGCGGACGAUAUCACGGUUCGAAGACCACCUUUCGAGCUCCCCCGGAGAGGAGCGGACGACCGCUUUUGGUUGUUGGACUCAUCCCAGGAGUCUGUCGAGGCAGGGGCAGGGGGCAAAGUUGCGAGGACUUUUGAGAAGCCUGACACGAAGACCAAUUGCCCAAAGGAUUCGCUGACGCCGGUCUUUGCAACUUCCGAACGACUAUGGGACGUCAUUGGCGCCGGGGGUGUUGACACGUCCCUGGCUGAAUGGUCCGCUGAACAUUUCGCAAAGCACGGCAGGCCCCUCCGUAUCGCCAUUGAUGAAGCACAUUGGAGGUACAAGUCCAUUACCGCUGAGAAGGCCAAGCAGCUCGUGAGAGAUUACCCCGGCUGCCGUCCGCGCGAGCUUUACAUUCUCGAACGCAUCUGGCCUCUGACGCGCCUCAACAUCCAACUGAUCUUCGUUUUCGACGGUGAUGGCCGCCCCCGCGUGAAGAGAGGCAAGAAGACAGAGAGCGGGUCAGAAAACGAGGAGAACAAUGACUUCUUCAAGCUCGUCUUGUCGAACAUCCUUAUCCCGUGGCAACAGGCCCCAGGUGAAGCUGAAGCUGAGUGCGCCGCGAUGCAGAGGCUCGGUCUCGUUGACGCAGUCUGGUCAGAAGACAGCGACACUCUUUUGUUCGGCUGCGACGUCCUCAUCCGCAACAUGCUCAACAGCAACGGCGAAAAAUGCAAGGAGAACGCGCGGGUGUAUCGCAUGAACGAAAUCGAGCGGGCUACAGGCAUCUCCAGAGACGGCAUCGUGCUGUUUGCCAUGCUGGUCGGAUGCGACUACACCAAGGGGCUCAGUGGGUGCGGCACGGUCAUGGGUCGCGUACUGGCUAGCAAGCCGAAACUCGUGAAAGAGUUCUCAGAGAUUCGAGGGGGAGAGGCGGAUGCGGCGCGUUGGCGGCUGUGGAGGAGACGCCUUGGAGCUCAACUAGAGACUCUCGAUCCUCGUCUUCUGGCCAGAUACGACAAGAACACGUCCAAUAUCGGCAGUUUCCCCGACCUACGAGCGUUGGCACAUUGUCGCGACCCAGUAGUGUCCAGCGAAGAGAGUCUGCGUCAGCUCCCCUAUUUUCGCGGCCAGUGGUACGGAAGCUUCACGACAGAAAGUCUGCAGACGGUGAUCCCCUUCUUGACCGAUCGUUUCUGGUACCGCAGGCCCUCUAAAUGGUGGCUCACUCAUCUUGCACCCAUUGCAUUAAAUCAGCGGCUGUUGGCCGCGCAGCCUGGCGCCAGGAACUCGAUAAAGGAGAUCAAGCAGAAGAAGAAGCCCAGACCCACGAGCGCCGUCGAAAUCGACCCCAACCUCGUAUUUCCUGGAAUCGAGGCAGGCAUGUUUGUCGGAAUGAGUGUUCUGAAGGAGGCCGACUUGAAAGUAUUGGGGCAGCCUAUCGGCGUAAUCAAGACUGAGAUGUUGGAUGUGAUUCUUGGCUUUGGCAUGGCUGAAGAAGAGUUCACCGAAUGGCGCAAGAGAAACGGGAAGGGAAGGGAGAGGAAGUCUCAGGCCCAGACCGACAUGCCGACAACCCCCCAAACCAUGAUCCGGCCCCAGAAGAGGUCAAUCGGCAGCCCUCCUUUCCAAGAGGCAGCAUCAACGGAGCCGCUGAAGAAACGAAAGACCCAUGCGUUGCCGGAGUCGAGCCAUCUUCCCUCUCCACAACUCAGCACUGGGAAUGGACCGCAGCUGCAUUCGUUCAGUCCUCUCGAAUCACCUAAGAAUCUUGCGUCCGCGGAAUGCCAAUACACAAGGGACCAGUUCUUGAUUCGAAGACAAACGCCCGAUGUUGAGAUGCAUGCUCAGGGCCGCACGUCGACGCAGAACACCGGCCAGAAACAGGUGGAGAGUGUUGACGCUCUGGCCGAAAGUGAUGCCAGGAGAAGAGUGAGAGAGUACUAUUCGACAGGUAUCUUCAACAGAGAUGCGCUGGCUCCCCUGGAUGGCAACGCUGCUCCCGCAAAACAGGCAUGGGCGAAUGGAAAGGGUCAAAGUGUGGAGAAUCCAAUCAUGUUAGACGACUGA